GCAGUCAUGUCAGAAGAUAACAAACCUUCAACAGACUUUCACUACAGUCAGACAGAACAACGGCGAUCUGCUGAGAGGAGAUGUGCGGAUACCGAACCAUCAAGUACACUUUAUUCAUCUUCUGCUACGCCUUCUGGGUUGUGAGCGCCGUCUUCAUAGCGGUGGGGAUCUACGCCAAGAUCGCCAAGGAGAAAGAUGUGGUUGACACCCUGACAGUAGAUCCAGCUCUGCUGUUGAUCGUCCUCGGCUCAGUGAUGUUUCUCAUCACGUUCCUCGGAUGUUUCGGAGCGCUGCGUAACGCCACCUGCCUGCUGAAGACGUUUCUGGGGAUCCUGGUGGCCAUCCUCCUCCUGCAGAUCGCUGCUGGAGUCGUGGGAUACCUCUUCACUGACAUGGUGAUGGAGAGGACGGAGAUGCUAAUGAUGAAGGCCAUCCUCCGCUACAGGGAGGACCAGGACUUGGAGAACGCCAUCGACUUCAUCCAGAAGAAGUUUCAGUGCUGUGGAGUUGAGAGCUAUAAGGACUGGGUCCAUAAUGUCUACUUUAAGUGUUUGCCCAGCAACCCCAGUCUGGAGGCCUGUGGAGUUCCCUUCUCCUGCUGCGUUCACCUACAGAACCAGACGGUGCUGAACACCAUGUGUGGUUAUGGGAAGCAGCAGCUGGAGGAGCGUUCGGCCAGUAAAGACAUCUUCACCAUCGGCUGCCUGGAGAUGAUCGUGUGGUGGGCCAAAAACAACCUGCUGCUGGUGGCCGGUCUGACUGCCGGCCUGCUGCUGCUCGAGGUCGGCAUGAUCGGCCUGGCGGCCGCUCAAAUCUCCAUGAUAAAGAAAGUCCAACAACAAAAGAAAGAAAAUGCAACUAGAGGCAAAUCGGAAAGAAAGGACAGCUACUGGUAUCCUGCUUUUGCAGACUUCGAUGACGAAUAAAAACUGCUUCUGAGAUCUGAAGCUGAUCGUGGAGACGGAUCAGAAAAAUCUCUUGAUGCUCUGUUGACACUGUGAAUUUAUAGUCGUGUAUCUGAGGCUCUCACAGUGGGCGAACAGGUUAGAUGUCUCAACUCCGGGAGGUGUUGGCGGUCAAAUUACUACCUCGUGUACAGGCCCGGCGCCAGGAUGAUUCGCUGUUAAAAAUUCCCUGUCGCCUACACACAACAAUCGGCCAAUACUGUUGUUGUUUUUCCUAUUUUUCUAUAGAUACAUAAAGGGGCAAAUGAGGGGGCUAAGCCCCCCUAAGACCCCUCGUGGCGUCAUGUAAAACACUCUUUACAUCACAUUUUUUAUAAAAGUAAGUGAUUCUAACAGAAAGUCAGCUUUGCCAUCAUUAGCACUGAACAGCCCUUCAGCUGCACAUUUAGCGUUUGUAAUUUGUGGCAUUGUUUGUGUCACAGCACUGUGAAAAGAUUAUAGAAUAUUUUAUAUAUUAUUAUAAAAAGCUGUUAGUUGUAGAUUAAUAAAAUAAAAAAAAAACAUUUGCAGCAUUUUACUAGUAAAACAGAUGUUAUGUACUGCGUAUUAACCCUGUGUAUUAUGUGUAUUUUGUAUACUGAAUGUGUACAUUAAUGAGAAUAAGUUUAAUGUAUUUUUAUCAAGUGAUUGGAGGUAAAGGGGAAAAAACAACCAGAACAACUGAUUGGAAAAGUAUAAAGAUUUGUAUAUUUCAAUAAUUGAACUAACAGUGUUGUUGAUGGAUUCGCUGAUGACAUUUUUGUAAUUGUCUGUCUUUUACUGCCUUAUGUCAGUUUUGGGGUUUGUAGUACUCCUCGUGACUAGUUACCCUUUAACUAAUGAAACUAGACUCCAUACAUACAACCCAAUAAAUACUUUUUUAUAUUCAUUAAUACAAAGGAAUCAAUAAAGGAACAGUCGGACAUUUA